AUGUCGGGAGAAAAACGCCCCGCUCAGGCUGCCUUCGGGUCUACAAGCCAGCUCGUGGUCAAGAGAAAUAAAGCCGACGCCGACCUCAACCCUGGCACUGCCUUAGUCAAGGGCUCUUCGGCACAAAAUGGAGCUCUCAUCCAAUCUGUCCCUCGCACAAGUGGCCUCGAUGCGCCUAUCAUGGAGCUCACAGGUCACUCGGGGGAAGUUUUUACGGUGCGGUUCGACCCAACUGCGCAGCACAUCGCAUCUGGCUCGAUGGAUCGAUCCAUCUUGCUCUGGAAUACAUAUGGACAAUGUGAAAAUUAUGGUCAAUUGACGGGGCACAAGGGAGCGGUUCUUGACUUACAAUGGGCACGCGACUCUCGGGCAUUGUUCUCGGCAUCGGCGGACACAACACUCGGAAGCUGGGAUGUAGAAACUGGCGAGCGUGUACGUCGCCAUGUCGGUCAUGAAGAGAUCAUCAAUUGCCUCGACAUUAGCAAGCGGGGGCAAGAAUUGCUAGUUAGUGGCAGUGAUGAUGGAUGCAUUGGCAUCUGGGAUCCCCGGCAGAAGGAUGCUCUGGAUUACCUUGAGACCGACCUCCCCAUUACUGCUGUUGCUCUGUCCGAGCAAGGUAAUGAAAUUUACAGCGGUGGCAUCGACAACACAAUCCACGUCUGGGAUUUGCGCAAGAAGGCUGUAGUCUACUCCAUGGCCGGACAUACCGACACCAUCACCUCGCUGCAGAUUUCGCCUGACUCACAAACUCUUUUGUCUAACUCUCACGAUUCGACUGUCCGGACCUGGGAUAUUCGACCAUUCGCCCCGGCUAAUCGACAGGUCAGAACUUUCGACGGUGCACCCGUCGGCCUUGAGAAGAAUCUCAUCCGCGCCAGCUGGGAUCCCAAGGGUGAGAAGAUUGCCGCCGGUAGCGGUGACCAAAGUGUAGUGGUGUGGGAUUGCAAGACUGGCAAGCUUCUGUACAAGCUUCCCGGUCACAAGGGAACGGUCAACGACGUCCGAUUCUCCCCCAAUGAUGAGCCAAUCAUUGUUUCGUGCUCGUCUGAUCGGAACUUGAUGCUUGGGGAACUUGGCAAAUGA